GGAAGGGACGGACGAGAUGGUCAGAACGGUAAGAUAAGACAUCGCACAUAUCAAUAUAACCGGGCAUGUUUUCACUAAUUGCCACAAUGUUGACGAUUCAAGUCCGUCCCAUUUUAUUUAGCAGUAAAAUACUUUCUGAUCCGGUCAACCCUUCAAUUUAGUACCUAUAGGUAUAUAUCUGUUCACACCUUUUGCUCAUAAAUGGAAUAGUAGAUUGCUGGCAGGAAAUACUGCCAUAGGAACUUAAAUUAGUAUUGUUUCAUAUUACAACUGGGCGAACUAAUCUGAGAAAAUAUAAGAAGUUCUGACUGUUGAAAAUGGAAAAGUGAAUCUUGUUAAAAAUAAGAUAACCUAGUCAGAGCUGGGACUUUCUAAGUUAGAAGGUGUAGAAAAAUAAAUAUUAAGUAUUAAGCAAGAGAUCAAUAUCACUGACGUGGCAUGAUUAAAAUGGUUGUCUUCCGCUUACUUUUCCGUGAGUUCUUCCCGUUCUCUUUUCUACUCAUCACCAUUAAAUAAUUUUAUUUUUUCACACCCAAGGAAAGGAUGGUCGUGAUGGAAGAGACGGGAUCAAUGCGGGAAACGGAAUGAAGGUAAAAAUAUUAAAAAGGAAUAAAGUUUUUUCUGCCAUUAUCAAAUCGAUGAUAAAUUAUGUCUUGGAACAAAGAUGAAUAAGCCAGACGAGAACUUUUAAUAACACCGGACAAAAGGCUAAGAUUACUCAAGUUCCCUGUAAUCCGAGAUUUCAGCUGCCUCUAAAAACCCGCUUGUUUAACUCCAGAGUCUAUUUUCUGUAGUAAAAGCGAACUGACACAGUACCACCUUAUUCUGUUCUAAUAAGUAGUUACAUAAGAUAAAAAAUUCCGUUUGAAAUCUGACAAAAUCUCAGGGGUAAAGACCAGUCUUAAGUAAAAGAAUUACAAAGAAGGAGAUCUGAGUCUUCAAGUUUCCCCAACCCUAGAUUGGUUUUAAGAAUAGUUAAGGACUUGUUUGUUUUUCAGGGUCAAAAAGGAGCACGUGGCUCAUCAGGAAACAACGCAGGAGGUGUAAUUAAGUUUAGCGAUACCGCUGAGAAAUGUACCGCAAGCAUCGCCGGCACUGUAAGCUACAAUAGUUCCCAGAAAUCCUUGCAACUCUGUGAUGGAAGUGUUUGGCUUCCAGUGCUGACUGUUGGAAAAGGUUACAAGAAGGAUAGACCUGGCCGCCAUUGCUUGGAUAUUUUAAAUUCUGGUAAGCUGAAACUGUGAUAAAUAAAAAGAAUCCAUAAGAGACUGAGGAGAUAGUCGUAGAGAUUGCUGAGAAGUAGCUGGCCUGCAAUGCAGGCGUAUAUAUUGGGGGCGAGUGAAAGUUGCUUUAUAAAAUUUGCAAUGCCGCAGCCGCCAUCUUUCUUAAACAUGCCUGCUAAAGUUCAUCCUAUCAAUCAUAAUAUAUAAACAAUCUUGUAAAAUAAUAUUCAUUUUUCAGUAUAUUUAUUAUCAGGCCAAAGUCAUGGCAGUGGGCUUUACUGGAUUGAUCCAAACGGUGGCUCGACAGCUGACUCAUUCCAAGCCUUUUGCGACAUGGAAACUGAGCGUGGAGGUUGGACCCUAGUUGCCACAAAGGUCUCCCCAGGCUUCCCCUUCAUCAAAACUGUUUUCUCAUCAGUGGCCACUGCAACUAAGAACAAAGAUGCCGCGAGUCACAUACACCCAAGCAUGGGGAACUGGAAAGAGGUUAUGUUCCGCUUUGCUGACGUUGACACCAUCCGAGUCAUUUACAACAGAAAAGCGGGCGCACCAAACAAAGACAAGGAGGAAUUCGACAAGUUCUUGAUGGGGAAGUCCAUGCAGUUGUAUAAAAACGUCAAUGGAUUUUACAAGUACAGUCCAGCAGAUAAGAAAAGAAAUCCCAGCGUGGGUCUUGCCACCAUAUCCUCUUUGCACUUCUAUUCAAACUUUGGGAUCUCGGAACCUUUUAGAGGCACGGAUAAGUGGCUUGACAUUUGGAAUACUGGUGAUAGCUCAAACAACUACAUCUACAGCGAUGACAGCAGGGCGCGGGGCACCAAAUGUAUCGCGGGCUACUGUUAUCUGAACAAGCCAAUCUGGGUGAUGGUGCGCUAGUAAAACCAUCACGCUAAUACACGAGCAGCUAAUUACGAAAAAGAACUAGAUACUUAGGUGUUAACAGGCGAUAAUAAAGUAGGUUUUAAAACAGACUGCUGGCGAUACCAACGUUCUAACAAUAGUGUCAAAAUUAAAACGACCUGAUAUUAAUCCAGUUAAAAAAAAUUCUCGCAUCUUGUACUGACUGCUCAUAAAAUAAAAGUAAAAAGCAUUGGCGAU